GGUUGGAUUUGCCGACGACGAUUAUGCUUCAGCUGAAUUCUCCUCGAUUCAUUCAUCCCUCCCCCGUUUUUGGCUGUGGAAUCGAAAAACCAGAAAAUAGAAAGGAAAUUACACAAAAAUAAAAACCCACCACCACGAGGGGCAAAACGAGAAGAGCCAGUAGGACGAUUAUUCCGAAGCCUCUUCUUCUUCAUCUCCCCCCUCGUUCCCUCCGCCCUCGCCAUUAAAAUCACCUCCUCCUUCCUCCUCUCCGCCACCAUUCCUUCUCCUUCCACCCAACAAACCCUUUUCUCUCGGGAGAAAGCGAGACAAUGGCGUCUGCUUUCUCUGCUACUGCCAAGUUCGCGCAGCCUCUCCCUCUCAACACCACUUCCUCCGCUAGAUCUCAAGACAAGCUCUCUCCCCCAGCUCUCUUCGACCCCUUCCGCACCUCUUCCUCCGCCGCCACUUCUCCCUUCCUCGGAUCUACUCGCCAAUUGCUAUGCAAAUCCAACCGACCUCUUUCCCACCGCCGAUCCUCCUCCUCCUCCGCCGUCGUCGCCGUCUCAGACGUCAAGCAAAAGAAGCCCAAGUCUAGCUCCAAUCUGUUGAUUACUAAAGAAGAGGGGUUGGAGCUGUAUGAAGAUAUGGUGCUGGGCAGAUCAUUUGAGGACAUGUGUGCCCAGAUGUACUACCGAGGCAAAAUGUUUGGCUUUGUCCAUCUCUACAAUGGGCAAGAAGCUGUCUCCACUGGGUUCAUCAAGCUACUGACCAAAGAAGACUCGGUGGUCAGCACUUACAGAGACCAUGUCCAUGCAUUGAGCAAAGGUGUCCCUGCUCGUGCUGUGAUGAGCGAGCUCUUUGGCAAGACAACCGGCUGCUGCCGUGGCCAAGGUGGAUCGAUGCACAUGUUCUCCAAAGAACAUAACGUGCUUGGUGGGUUUGCCUUUAUUGGCGAAGGGAUUCCCGUAGCAACUGGUGCAGCUUUCACCUCCAAGUAUAAGAGGGAGGUUCUCAAGGAGCCCAACAGCGAUCACGUCACUUUGGCCUUCUUUGGGGAUGGAACCUGCAACAAUGGCCAGUUCUUUGAGUGUCUGAACAUGGCUGCACUGUGGAAACUUCCCAUUGUGUUUGUUGUGGAGAAUAACUUGUGGGCGAUUGGGAUGUCCCACUUGAGGGCAACUUCUGAUCCUCAGAUUUAUAAGAAGGGACCUGCGUUCGGGAUGCCAGGCGUUCAUGUUGAUGGAAUGGAUGUUUUGAAGGUUAGGGAAGUGGCUAAAGAGGCGAUUGGAAGGGCUAGGAGGGGAGAAGGCCCGACCUUGGUGGAGUGUGAGACUUACAGGUUCAGAGGGCACUCCUUGGCCGAUCCUGAUGAGCUUCGUGACCCAGCUGAGAAAGCUCACUAUGCAGCUAGAGAUCCCAUCUCACAAUUGAAGACAUACAUGUUCGAGAACAACCUCGUGAACGAAUCCGAGCUGAAGGCAAUCGACAAGAAGAUAGAUGAGCUGGUGGAGGAAGCUGUCGAAUUUGCAGACGAGAGCCCUGUUCCGGAUCGCAGCCAGCUGCUGGAGAAUGUGUUUGCUGAUCCGAAGGGCUUUGGAAUAGGGCCUGAUGGGCGGUACAGAUGUGAGGACCCCAAGUUCACCCAAGGAACAGCUCAGGUCUAAGAUAAGAGACUGCCCCAGGAGUUAGGGUUAUAAUAUAGCUAACGAGCAGUUGAGUGUGGUGCUCUCUUUCUCUGUUUUUCUUUGUUUAAUUUAUGAUAUGGUUGUGUUCUUCUGAAUCGAGAACAGGGUAAUGUUAUUUGCUGUUUAGUUUCUUUCCCCCCAUUCCUUCUUCCAUUUUAAAAUUUUAACGGAAUAAUUGCUGUAUACUUUGCCUUUUUGUUGUCUUCCAAUUGUUCAUUUGUAAUUCCAGCUAUUCUUGUGUGUUUCGACUAUAUAAACGCAUUCGAACUUCUGCAAGUCUGUUUUGCCGACUCA